AUGGCUUCCGCAACAGCUGCAGAUAUCCAGGGACCAUCUCAUCCCAAUCCAGAAGGCCUCAACACAUCGGCCAGCACGCAAUUUCCCCCUAUCAACAUUGGCACGCGCAACUCGGUACUCGCCCAAAUUCAAGCUCGCGCGGUCGAGAGAAGCUUGAAAGAUGCCUACCCGGACCGGACCUUCAAUAUCUGCCCUGUUGUGGUGCAGGGUGAUAGGGACAAGAUCACACCCCUGCAGCAAUUGAGCCAGGGCGAGAACGCGAAGAGUCUGUGGACAGGUGAACUGGAGAGCAUGCUGGAGUCUGGCGAUCUGGACAUCAUCGUACACUGUUUGAAGGAUAUGCCAACGCAGCUGCCAGAUCACCUCGAGAUCGGCGCCAUCCUCGAACGCGAAGAUCCCCGCGAUGCCCUCUUGAUCUCCCCUCGUCUGCCGAAGGAGACUACACUAGCGACCCUCCCUCAAGGUGCUACCAUUGGUACGUCAUCUGUACGACGAGCCGCUACGUUAAGAAAACUAUACCCACACUUGAAGUUUGCCGAUCUCAGAGGCAAUGUCGGAACGAGGCUGGCAAAGCUGGAUGCCGAAGAUUCGCCAUACUCGGCCAUCAUUCUUGCUGCAGCCGGCUUGAAGAGAAUGGGGCUCGAUAAUAGAAUCACACAAUAUCUGAGUAGCACGAGCGGAGGUAUGUUGCAUGCGGUUGGUCAGGGUGCUCUGGGCAUUGAGAUCAGGAAAAACGACAAGGCCAUGAAGGACAUCAUGAGCGGCAUCCGAUGCGAGCGGACAACAAGAGCCUGUUCGGCCGAACGAGCGCUACUACGCACCUUGGAAGGAGGCUGCAGCGUGCCUAUCGGUGUUGAGACAUCAUGGAGAGGCGGCAAGGGCCUCGCAAUCGGUACCCAACCAGCAAAAGACUACGACAAACACGGAAAUGCAGUAGAAGAGGAAGAGCCAGAUAUCGACGACCAAGAACUGGUGUUGAGUGCCAUGGUAGUCAGUGUAGAUGGCAAAGAAUUUGUUGAGUAUCAGGCAGCACGAAAAGUUCGAACAGCAGAAGAAGCAGAAGAGAUGGGACAAGAGGUUGCGAAGGUCUUGAUCGAAAAGGGCGCAGACAAGAUACUGGAAAAGAUCAAUGUAGAGAAGCAGUGGGCAGCUAAGAAGCAGCUGGAGGAGCUCAAGGCCAAGGCGGCCAGCUCAUAG